GGGUGGAUUUCACUGACGCGGUCCGCUUGGAACAAUAAAUAGAGCGAACAGGGCUCCUUCCAGUUCACAACUCUGGGAAGACGCAUGAAGAACUUCUUGCUUCAACAGUGAUUGAACGGAACACUUCUGCCCGCGCUAUAUAACAUUCCGGAUUGAUAACGUAACACUUAUUUCAACUGUCUUAGUAAAAUAAUCUGAGAUUCUCUGUAUUUGUACGGUUAAUUUUGAUAUAAAAUGAAAAUGGAGUCUCAGGUCCGCCAGAACUAUCACCACGAUUGCGAAGUUGCAAUCAACCGGAUGAUCAACAUGGAGAUGUUUGCCUCCUAUACUUACACUUCAAUGGCUUUCUAUUUCUCCCGUGACGAUGUGGCUCUGCGUGGCUUCGCGCAUUUCUUCAAGGAGAACAGCAACGAGGAGCGGGAGCACGCCGACAAGCUACUCUCCUUCCAGAACAAGAGAGGUGGACGCAUUGUCCUUCAGGACAUCAAGAAGCCAGAUCGUGAUGAGUGGGGCAAUGGGCUGGAGGCCAUGCAGUGUGCUCUGCAGCUGGAGAAGAAUGUGAACCAGUCCCUGCUGGACCUGCACAAGAUUGCCUCUGACAAGGUUGACCCCCAUCUGUGUGACUUCCUGGAGACCCAUUACCUGAAAGAGCAGGUGGAGGCCAUUAAGAAGCUGGGAGACCACGUCACUAACCUCACCAAGAUGGAUGCUGUCAACAACAAGAUGGCAGAGUACCUGUUUGACAAGCACACCCUGGGAGGCCAGAGCUAAACCACUUCCAGGCUAGGGCCUCCAGCCUCAGACCAGGAAUCCUGGCUUCUCUGAUAAAUCCUACUGGCUUUAUAUUUAUAGGGAGGGAAGAGUGUUAAACUGGUGCAGUGUAACACAGCUGUGACAUUGGUAUGUUUUUGUUGACAACACUACUGUAUUUGAGGCAAGGCAUCUUGUAAAACAAUAAAAAAAGAUCACUAAAGUUUGUUUUCUAA